GUGAUAAAACAUGUUGUUGUUGCUGCUUCCACCUGAACUCAGUCUCACCGGAAGUGGCUGUACUUGCCGCGUGUUAGUAUAAAUAAAGUUUGUUGAAAGAGCACGCCUCUGUUGAUGAUGUCAGUGGACGACGGAAGUGACGUAGCGGCGGCGGUGUGUGGCAGCGCCGGCUCGGCUUCUGGUGUUCCGGGCUAUCGGGCAGCGUACCUGGGCGACCAGACGGCAGCGGAAUCAGCCGAGCGGCUGCGGCUGCCACAGGACCAAUAAAAAAAAAACUACCGGAUUAAGAGUUCAGAUCUCCGGUGGACUGUGAUAGGCUGCGACAUCUGUCGAUCACAACAACAAGGGACCAAUCAGUGGGGGGCUUGGCAGGUCGUACACUGACCAAUCAGCGCGCAGGAGAGGCGGGACUAGAGGGGCUUGCUUUGUGCCGGUGAGUGAAUUUCGGUUCACGUGAUCUAGUCUAUCCAUUAUACUGUAUUAUUUGUAUAAUCAAAAAAAUGAGGGAAUUUAGCAAAUAAAAAAACCAAAACAUGUCUGUUAUAGUAUAUGGGCUGAUUGAUAGCUCUGUAUUGAUCUCUGGGAGCAGCUGGAGUAAGACUUGUUGUAUAGCAGUAGGGGAUGUUUACAUAAUAAACCUAUUUAUGGAUAUUUAUACACAAGGUAACUAGUAUAGUAUUAUUCUGAACUUCACUAGCAAGACAAAGAGAGCUGAACACACAGCACAGUCCAAAGAUCUGUAUAGGGGAAGACUCAUCUUCUUAAACCAGACUUUCAUAAGGUAAAUUUAAUGUUUUCUUUUUUUUCUCUCGUUAAUAUAAUAUUGUAGUUUAGGAUGUUUCGUUGUGUUUAUCUAUUAUUGGCGGUAAGGAAUUUAAAAUAUUGGAACCUCCUAAGGUUAAAAAAAAAAAAAGCUGAAAUGUGAGCUCCUUUCUUUUUGAAGAAUAAAGUCGUGUAGAGGUAGUGAUAGAAAGACCGGUUGGUAAUGCAGUCAGGUUGUUCAAUUCAUAUACAAUUCGUGAAAAUAACAAUCAAAUCAUUAAAGAAAAGACAGGUUUUGUGGCGACAGACGUCAUCCAAAUCUAGUAAGAUAUUCGAAUAUGAGGACCUAGUAACAACAUGACUUAAUACAUUUGAUAAAGUAACAUGUAAGACUUUCAUGUUGGUAAAAUAGUUACGGUUUCUAAUUUCAUGUAUGUCCACUUCCUCGUUUGUAUGAGUUUUUGUUAUUUGGCGUGGAGGGGGAAGGUCUUCUUUUUAAUGAUCUUUUUUUCAGUCCUCAGUCUUUCACAAUUCUACCUCAUUAAUAUUUCUCUUGUUACUGUAUAUAUGUCUAUACCAUUUUUAAUGACUGAUAUAUCUCUUGUUUAUCUGCUCUCAGCAAUGGAGUUCCCAGAUCACAGUCGCCGUAUAUUGCGCAGCCUUCGAGACCAGCAGUCCCAGGGAUUUCUAUGUGAUUGUCAGGUGUCUGUAGGCACUGCCCGUUUCCUGGCCCAUCGUUCUGUUUUGGCUUCCUGCAGCCCUUUUUUCCACAUGUCCUGCAGGGAACGUCCAGAAACAAGAGACCUUACGUUGAACAAUCAGAUAGUCACAGCUCCAGCCUUCUCUUUGCUUCUCAACUUCAUGUACUGUGGAUGUCUCAGCUUUCAGGAAGCUCCCACUGAAGAUGUCCUGGCAGCAGCCAGUUAUUUGCACAUGGACGAGGUGGUGAGGGUCUGCAAAAAAAGGUUGCAGGGUCGAGCACCAGCAGAGGCCGAUAGUACUCGCCGAGAGGAAGAUAGUGCAUCAGUAAAUCCGAUUACUGACAAUGAAGGUGGGAAUAGAUGUCACGAGGGAGCAGAGAGUGGACAGACCACAGCACGGGGAAUGAAACAUCAUGGACAAGAAGUAGUAGGGAAUGGGCAAAGACUGGGAGGAAUUUCAGUUUUUCAACAGGAAGUUGCAGAGAGUUCCAGAUAUCAGAGGCAGGAAGUAGCAGGGAGCAGCCAAAGAUUGCCAGGGAGUGUAAGAUACAUGGGGCAGGAGGCAUCUGGCAGUGGACCGAGAGUGGCAGUAAACUCUAAAUUUGAAGCACUGUGUGUGGGAGAUACUGCCCAAGAGGUGGCAGGAAGUUCUAGGUUUGAAAUUCAAGAGGGAACAGGGAGUGGUCAUGGCGUUACAGGAAGUAUGAAGUGUACAGGUAUUCUGCAGAUAGGAGUAGAUGGUCAGGAGGUACCAGUGAGUUCUAGAUUUGAGGUGCAAGAGAGGACUGAGGCAGAACAAGCAGAAAGUGUGAGGUAUCAGCUGCAGGAAGCAACAGAAAGUACACUCACACCAUCCACACACAAAUAUGCUACACAGAGUCAGGACAGUGGGCCACCUUCCAGAAAUUCCCCAAAGAGACCGGAGCCAGCUGGCAGCACACAGGGUGCACCUGGAGCUUCUAGGUUUUCCUUACAAGCUCAAGAAACUACAGGUGCUAGCAAUCAGUCGCUGUCUGUUCCUAGAUUCUCUUUUCAAAAUCAGGAGGAAACCAGAAACACACAAGCAGUGUCAGGAAGCUCCAGAUACUCUUUACAAGCACAAGAACCCACUGGCAGUUCUACAGCAAUGUCAGGAACUUCAAGAUACUCCUUACAGAGCCCAGAACUAGCAGGAAACUCGCUAACCCAACCAGGUACUUCCAGGUAUUCCUUACAAGAACCUACAGGCAGUUUGCAUGGAGGACAAGCACGUUCCAGAUACUCUUUACAACUCCAAGAUCCUACUGGUAGUACUACUGCUCAGCCAGGUCCAUCCAGAUAUUUUUUGCAGAGCCCAGAGUCUGCAGGAAAUUCUGCUGCAUUGCCUGGCACAUCCAGAUACCAUAUACAUAGCCCCGAUUCACCCCUAACCAAGCAGAGGGAGGAGGGUGAAUGUGCCAAAUCUGAAUUAACAGUCACAACUACCACUCAGCCUGGCAUGGAGGUGACCACUGCCCCAAGUCCUUGUAGUUCCACUGGCAGUGAAAAUCACCCAGCAUCUGGUGUUACAGUGAAGAUAGAAGCCAUUGUAAUAUCAGAUGAAGAGUGUGAAAGGGGGGUAGGCAAUUUUAAACGGCGUGGUUUUGAUGAGGAAGAGGAAGGUGAAGAUGAAUCGGGUUAUCUACCCUAUCAUAUGAUUGCAGUGCCAGGUGGACACCACCCAGGCUAUGGAAGCCUCCUACCACCUUCCAUGCACCCAGAGGCCAUGUACUUACAAGAUUUUGAGGGGCACCCAGGAUUUCCCCUUUUUCCAGAAGAUGUGCCCACCUGCAAAACAUGUGGAAAAACAUUCUCAUGCUCUUACACGCUUAGACGGCAUGCCACAGUGCACACUCGUGAACGUCCAUAUGAAUGUCGUUACUGUUUGCGUAGCUACACGCAAAGUGGGGACUUAUACAGGCACAUCCGUAAGGCACACAGCCAGCAGGAACCAAGUGCCAAGAAACCAAAAGGGGACAUGGAGCCAGCACCCCCUAGCCUUCCUUAAAAAUGAACAUAAAGACCUUUACCAUUCAGCUGCAUUAGGGGCCUAACUUUCUGAGUGACAGGAAGUACUGUGAGCAUGUCACCAAUCAGGCCAGUGAGAAAGGAUCAUUUUGUUCUGAACUGAUUUAAUUUAUUCCAAGUUAAUGUAUUUUGUAUAUUAGACUUGCCUCAUUAAGUUACUAGUCCUUGUUCUCAUAACAAGGAGAUAAACUAUUUUUUAUUUUUACGGUUUCCCCACUGUUAAAGCUGAUGUGUCACCUUAAACCAGUGUACCUUUUAAUAGCAACAUAAAAAACCUGUAUGUACAUUUUAUUAACAAACGUACUUUACAAAGCUUUUGGAUUAAUUUUCAGACUUGUUCCUAUUUCCAUCUGGUGCAUGUGAUUUUCUGUUUAUUUCUUGUGAUUUGUUUUAAAACUGGUGCAGAAAAAAAAAGGAAAAUAUGUGACUUUGAAUAUGCACACCUUUUUUAAUGAGUUUCACAAUUUAUAGUUUUGUUUAAAUCUGCUAUAAAGAUAUCUUAAUUAGAAAGUCCAGACAUUUUUAAAAUAGCAUACAGUGUCUAAUCUAUCAAUGUCAGCGUUUUGGUGUUUUUUAUAAUUUAUUUAUUUAAAGGGACUCUCCAAUUACUGUAAUAUCUACAGCUUAUUAUAGUAGUUAUGGCACAAGGAAACUAUGGGCGAGUCCCUCUUGUCAAACCUUUUUGAGCAGGAUUCGUUAAAAACUGAAGUAUUUCUUACACCAAAAACCCUCUGUUUCUGCUGUGAUAAUCAUAUUUCUCACGUUCUCAUUGUUUAUCCAAAAUAUUUAUAUGGGUAAGCAAGAUUUGGCUGUGCCGAAUCGCUGUUAAAUGGUUACUGCAACCCUAAAACAAUUUUUAUUUUUUUAAAUUUUUUUUAUUUCUUAGUUUACAAUGCCCUAUAGGGCAAUACUAUCACGUCCCCAGCUUUGCAAACCUUGUUAAAAACUUUUUUUAAAGAGUCUAUUUAAUUAGCAGGGAGAGAUGGGAAGGAGCACACACUGGGAGGGUAAAACUGUCAGAGCAUCUGCAAGGGAGAAGAUUUUUACAUCUCUUCCCAGCGCGCUGUGCACUCUGAUGACAUGCUCAGAUUUGAUAUAAGGCGAGCCAGAACAGAGUUCUAGGUUGCCUAAAUCACGUGUGAUGGGGGUGCAACUAGCAAUAAUUAACAAUCACUGAGUGUGUUCAGUGUUUAAAAAAAUAAAUCCUGCACACACAGACUCUCACCACCAUGACCACUUCAAAUCACUGAAGUGGUCAUGGUGAGUGGAGUAACCCUUUCGAUCUGUGUUAAUGUGAAUACUAAUCGGAUUGGGACAGAUUAUCUAAAAUGUAGGCGGAAAAUGGGGUGUGCUUUUAGUUGCCUAGAGUGGGCAUUUGUAUCCAUAGCCUUCUUGUGUCAAGACCGCUUUAAUACCCUGGAGAUCUCUUAAGGUGACAUGGCGGCUUUAAUAUGAACCCAAUUAUCUAUAGUUUGAUUUUAUUCUUUUUGUAAUAGCAAGGUGAGCUUGGAGCAAUGUCAACAUAAAAAUAUCUGUAAACAUUACAUUCUGGUGUGCUUUCAUUUCAGUGCAUCAGCAAUGACCGCAUUACAUGAUCUCUUGACCAACUGUCAUUAAACAAUGUCUUUUAUUGAGUCAGUGUGUUUUUUUUUGUUUUUUUUUUGUGUUUUGGGGAUUUUGUCAUAUUCCCACGAAAAUAAAAAAAU